AUGGUUGUACUUCAAGAAAUGAGUAUUACGCAAGCCCACGAGGGGAUCAAGCGAGGUGACUUCACGGUGACAGAUCUGGUUGGGGCCUUCCUUCAACGCAUUGAGGCAUUUGAUAAAGUCGGCCCUCGAAUCAACGCUAUGAUGGCUUUGUCGAAUACGGCCCUCGAAGAGGCAGCUCAGUUGGAUCGGUAUUUUAAGAACACUGGCAAAUUCAAAGGCAAACUUCACGGCAUUCCAGUCGUGGUCAAAGAUCAGGCCGACACCAAGGGAAUAGUGACGACAUAUGGUUCUGCUGUGGCACUAGACAAUGUUCCCGAAAAGGAUGCGUUUGUCAUUACUAAAUUGAAGGAAGCUGGGGCUGUGAUACUUGGCAAGACCACGACCUCAGAGUGGGCUUGCUGCUGGUUCAGUGCGAACGGUGCGACCGGUUACGAAUUCACCAAGAACCCAUACAGCCUCAGUCACGAUGUCGGUGCAUCUUCUGGUGGCUCUGCAGCAGCUCUAGCCGCAAACUUUGCAAUUCUAGCAGUUGGUGAGGAUACUGGGGGCUCUAUAAGAGUGCCUUCGUCAUUCUGCAACCUUGUUGGCAUCCGGCCGACCCCUGGUCUUAUUUCCCGAACCGGGUUUUGUCCAUUGAUCAAGACACAAGAUACACCAGGUCCUAUGGCAAGAAGCGUUUGGGACUGUGCUUCAAUGCUUGAUUGCAUGGUCGGGUUUGAUCCUGAAGAUGAUUUCACCGGCCUAGCGGCGACUGCCGCCGCCAUGGGACUUCCUAAAGGAGGAAGGUAUACAGCCUUCCUCGAGAACGGACUGGAAAAGAUUCGAAAAGCAAAAGUUGGAGUUGUGAGACAGCUCUUCGGUUCCGAUGAUGAUCUCAGUUGUCGGGCCGUGAAUGGAGUCAUCGCUAGCGCAUUUGAAAAGCUGAAAAGCAUUGGUGUGACUUUUGUGGAUGUGAACAUCGAGGAUUUAAGACACUACAUGAUCUAUAGUCAAACAUACCGCGUCAGAUCCCGUAUCGAUAUCAACACCUUCCUUGCUACAAAGCCCCAUCUGCCAGCAGACAUUGCGGAGAUUGUGCCGCGGACGCCCAACAAGCCUUAUCUAGACCUUUUGAGUGCUGCUGCCCAUGGCCCUGAGGACCCGACCACGGAACCCACAUACGCGGGUCGUUUAUUGGCACGAGAUGAACUCAAGCGAAAAAUAAACUGUCUCAUCGCAUCCCUUGGCCUAGACGCGUUAGUGUUUCCUGAUCUUCAAAUCCCUCCGCCGCGAUUUGAAGAUGCCACGAACGGCCGGAUUGAAACAUUGAAGUUUCCUACGAACACAUUCCUCUCGAGCCAGACAUGUCUGCCAGCGAUUAGUGUGCCAGCAGGAUUCACACAAGACGGGCUACCCGUGGGUCUUGAGCUUCUCGGGCUGGAGUAUCAAGAGCAGCAUCUUUUGGAGUUAGCGCGAGGUGUUGAGGCUACAUUAGAAGCUAGAAUGAUGCCUUGUGAGGAUUCUUGGGCUCGAUAA